AGGGAUCAAAAUGAAAUAACUCACCCAUCAUGAUGCUGCCACGUGUAAAGGCCAAAUCCACCAACGGCUGAGAUGGCCUCUUCUGCAACACGCAAUUAAAUCACCGGUUACCACUGUCAAAAAGGAUAGCUACAAGCACGCAAUCACACCACCAGCAGUUCCAAAACCCAGUGAGUUUCUGGAGUGGAGGAUUUGGUAAAAUGGAGGAGAACUACACCGUUCACUGCGGCGACUACCUCAUCCGCACCACCAUCACCGCCACGCUAUCCGUCGUGCGCAAAUGGAUCUAUACCAUUCGCUACCGCCACCGCUUCCGCCUCCGCGGCGGCCGUCUUGUGGUGGGACUGGGAGUCCAGUGGGUCCCCGGCGAAUCCGCCGCCGCCACCCUCCAGCUCUGCGUGGGGAACGACUGUCUCAUUUUCCAGCUCCACCACGCGGACAACUGCCCCGAAAUUCUCCGCCGCUUCCUAGUCGACCCCGACGUCAUCUUCGUCGGGUUUUCGAACCACAGCGACGCCGCAAUGCUGAUGAGAUCGCCGCACGGCCUGGAGGUGGGGCGGCUGGUGGAUGUGCGGAGGGUGGCGCACGAUUUGAGGUGUUGCCGCGCGGGGGCGUCGAUGGGGGAGCUGGCGGAGGAGAUUUUGGGGAUGCAUGGGAUGGAAAAGGACUAUGGGGUGGGGCGGAGCGACUGGGAUGAUGAGGAGCUCACCAUGGAUCAGGUAAAUUAUGCGUGCCAUGAUGUUUUUCUUGCUUGCUUGAUGGCCAAUGAACUUAAGGUUUGGAAUUGGGAAGACGAUGAUUGAAACUACUUAGGGUUUGGAAUUGGGUAGACGAUUAUGUGGGAUUUCGUAUUUUUGUUUUCAUCUGGAAUUUCAUAUUUUUGCGAGUUUCCUCGAAUCAGAAAUGUUGCAGAAAUUGUAGUAGUAUAUGAUUAUGUGGAGGAUCUGUUCUACAAUUUUCAGUAUCUUUUGGUAGUUGUGUUGAAGAAGCAUUUCUAUUUCUAUUUAUCUAAUAGCGAUUAUGUAUUGGUGUGCAUUA